AUGAGUCAUCACAUGCCCUCAAAUCCAUUAAUCAAACAACUUUGCUCAAAUCAUCCAACAGAACAAUUCACCAACUUUUGUUAAAAUCCAGAAUGCUUGAAACCUUUGUGUCCAGAAUGCAUUGAAUCUCAUACCAAAUAUCAUCAGCAAGUUUAGACAAGUGCUGACAUCGACAGUUUUAAGAAUGUGAAAUAGCAAUGUCUAAAGAAGAUUAGUACUGGAAUUCAAGAGAUUCAGAAAAUUAUUUAAGAUGCCGACUAAUAUGGAUUGAGUGAUAUUGAUGAUUAAACCAUUAGAGAAAUUCGAAAAGGGAAGGAAAUAGCAAUUACUUUAGUGACUGAACAUUUCUCCUCCUUAGAGGAAUAAUAUAAAUCAUUUUUAGACUAACAAUCCAACUCCUAAUAAACUUUUAAUCAAUUAUAAGAAAGUAUUAAAAAUACAAUGAAUGAGUUGGAACAUUUGAAUGUUGGUUUAGAAAGCUCAAAUUUGAUUCAAUUCAUUAAGAAAAUCUGCACAAUGGACUUAAAAAAAACUUUAUUGAAAUACAAAAAGACCAUGAAAAACUUAUAAAAUAAAUCAGCAACUUAAUAAAUAAUGGUUUAACUAAAUUAAGCCAAUAUCUAGCAUAUCUAAACAGCAUUAAAUAAUUAUGCAAAAUUAGAUUUUAUUCCAUUGCAAAACACCGUGUUCCUUAGCCAAAGCCAUGUCUCUUAAUAUUAAGAAACCUAUCUCUAAUAAAAUGAGUACUUUAGAGGGAAAAAUAAACUACUUCAUUUUUUUGAAACUGGUAAAUCAACCAUAUGGCUAUACGAUUUAAGUUUGCCAGAUCAAAAUUGGAGACCUGUACAAAUCUCAAAUUACGUUGAAGUGUUACCUUAUUCUAAGUCAAUAAUGACUCCUGAUGGUUAAAUCUAUUUAACUGGUGGAUCCCUUCCAAACAAUAAAAAAAGUGGAAAGAUAUAUUAAUUUAAUUUCUCCAACUAUCAAUUAUAAGAGGUUGGAUAAUUGACUUAUGGAAGAAGUUCUCAUGGAUUAACAUGGAAAAAUAAUGAGUUAUACUUAAUUGGAGGUUAUAUGGACAAUUUAGUAAUUACAUAAAAUUGUGAGGUGUUUGAUUGCAUUAACAAAAGAACAAGACGUCUGCCAAAUUUAAACAAUGCGAUAGCUUCUCCAAGUGUUUGUAUUUUUAAUGAUGCAGUCACAGUAGCAGGAGGAUUAGUCUAGAAUUUGAAAAUUAAUCAAUAGAUUGAAUUUUUGAUGAUAGAUAGAUGGGUAACUUGUCUAAUUACAUCUUAAUAUCAUCUGGCUUCUAUGAUGUGCUCAAUUCAAAUUGAUUAAAAUUAAUUAAUGAUUUUUGGAGGGUACUACGAAAAUAAUAAGGGAUCUAAAGAAUGUAUGAUAUUAGAGAUCAAUGAAACAAUUGCCAAAGUUGUGGAAGCUAAGUAACUUCCACAUGCAGAAGGCUUCUGGAAUAAUACCCCCUUGAUUUAUUAAGGCAGAAUUUGGGCUUUACAAAAUGUUAUUUAAGAUAUUCAUGGAAAUUGUUCUUAGGAUCAAAGGAGAAUUCUGAUAUUUGACGGAUAAAAUUGGAAAUCAACAUGA